AUGAUCAAGACGAUCUGCGGCGCCGAUGGCCGGACGAACCACCACCUUGUCAUCUCCAAAAUGAGGCUCCGUAUGUAACCCAGCAGGCGGCCACAAGGUAGGCAAACCCCAGGUAAGUUGAUUACCGCUUUUGUGUACUUACCUGCUCUCCGUUGACGUUUCAGCAAUCAACUGACACAGCACCUGAAAAAACUGCUAGCUCCAGAUGAAAACGCCUCUGUGGAAACCCGAUGGUACCAAACAUGGGACGGCGUCCAUUUGACCGCCCUGACUGCCCUCGGCCGUGCACUUCGGCAGCACCAAGACUGGUUCGACGACAACGACGCAGUCAUCAGUAACCUACUCGCCGAGAAGAACAGGAUGCACAGAGCCUAUCUCGACCGUCAAUCCUAUGCAAAUAAUGUGACCUUCUACCAAUGUCGUCGUCUUGCGCAGCAACCGUUGCGAGAAUUACAGGACGUUUGGAUGGCUUGCAAGGCCGAGGAGAUCCAAGAAUAUGCCGACCGCAACGAAUCAAAUAAUUUCUUCGCUGCGACCAAGGCGAUCUAUCGUACCUCAACGAAAGGAACCGUGCCGCUGCUCAACUCCGAUGGAUCAACGCUUUUGACGGAGAAGUCGCAAAUUCUGAAGCGCCGGGCCGAGCACUUCAGAAGCGUUCUUAAGCGUCCCUCCACAAUCUCUGACGCCUGUGCACAAUAUUGUGGUGGCUCAGGCCUAAUGGGUUCGGAAAAGUGA